ACUUGGAGUUUUUAUUAUGCCAAAUUUCACUCUUACUAACGUGACACUAUUUUCGUCUCCUUCUCCUUCCUACCUCAUCCUAGGGGUGCGUAUUGCGCCCACACCUUCUUCUAUCUCAAUCUCUCACACCUUCUUUACGAAUUUUCAUUUUCUUCCUUUCUCGAUUAUUUAAUUAACAAAAAUUUCUUCUUGAGUUGAAAAAUGAGCCACACAACAACACAUACAUAAGACACUUUUUGUGAGUAUGAGACACACACACACACACAAACACUUUCUAUAAGGUGUCACUGAUUCUUCAUUUGUAAAGAUCCCAAGUUUGGAUAACAGGAUAUACAUCUUGGGGUUGAUUUAAUAGACAUUAGGAAUGUUGGGUCGGUCUGGAUUUUCUAGACCAGGAGGUUUCAGGCCAGAGAAUUUAGGUCAGAAUACUAUGGCCAUGAUUGGUAAUGUUUGUUUCUCAGUUUUUGUUAUUGGGGUUUUGGUAUUUACUAUUAUGGCUGCUACUUAUGAACCUGAGGAUCCUUUAUUUCACCCUUCAACAAAGAUCACAACAUUUCUAACUUCCAAAUCCAAUGCUACUUUUAAGUCAGAUAAUAGUGUUGUUAGAACUGGAGAAGAUUUUAUGGCUGCCAAUGAAUCUGUUUUUGGUGCUAUUAUUAACAUGACUGAUGUUGAUAACUCGGUUAGUGGCGAAACGGGUGAGGUGGUCGAGGCGACUCAGUGUGAUGGCAAUUCGGGUCCUAUUGAUUGUAGGGACCCUGAGGUUUUUCAUUUGAUGAUGAGGGCUACUAUUGAGAAGUUUAAGGAUAUACAUUUUUAUAGAUUUGGGAAACCUGUUGCUGGAUCGAAUGAUAGUAGUUGUGAUAUGGCGUGGCGGUUUAGGCCUAAGGAUGGAAAAGCUGCUGCAUUUUAUAAGGAUUAUAGGAGAUUUGUCAUUGAAAGGUCCGAAAAUUGUACGCUUAGUGUUGUUAGCAUUGGGGAAUAUCAUACUGGUAUGAAUGCAAGGAAGAGGAAGAAGAAUCAGAAGGGUGGACUAGAGAAGACGUCGUUGAAUACGGACCAGGUGAACGCGUUGCCGGUUGUUGGAGAGAUGGUUAAUGACAGCCUCCCUGUAGUUGAGUCCGAAAGUUCGUUUAGUCGAGGUAAAUACUUGGUUUAUAUGGGUGGUGGAGAUCGGUGUAAGAGUAUGAAUCAUUACUUGUGGAGUUUUUUGUGUGCUUUGGGAGAAGCUCAGUACCUAAAUCGAACGUUGGUUAUGGAUUUGAGCAUAUGUCUGUCUUCGAUUUACACUUCGUCGAAACAGGACGAGGAAGGAAAAGAUUUCAGGUUUUACUUUGAUUUUGAGCAUUUGAAGGAGGCGGCGUCGGUGUUGGACAAGGAUCAAUUUUGGGAAGAUUGGAGUAAGUGGCAACAAAAAGAUGGGAUGAAUCUUCAUCUUGUGGAGGAUUUUAGGGUCACACCGAUGAAACUUAUGGAUGUGAAGGAUGCUUUAAUCAUGAGAAAGUUUGGAUCGGUCGAGCCGGAUAAUUAUUGGUAUAGAGUCUGUGAAGGAGAGACAGAAUCUAUUGUUCAAAGGCCAUGGCAUUUGAUUUGGAAAUCGAGGCGGUUGAUGGAUAUAAUGUCUGCAAUAGCUUCAAGGUUAAACUGGGAUUAUGACUCGGUUCAUGUUGUAAGAGGUGAAAAGGCAAGAAACAAGGAGCUUUGGCCUAAUCUCGAUGCGCAUACCUCCCCCGAUGCACUUCUCUCAACUUUGCGGGACAAGAUCGAUGAAGGAAGAAACCUCUACAUUGCAACAAAUGAACCGGAUACAUCUUUCUUUGAUCCUUUGAAGGAUAAGUAUACAACUCAUUUUCUCGACGAAUAUAAGGAUCUCUGGGACGUAACUAGUGAAUGGUACUCUGAGACAACGAAACUCAACAACGGUGUUCCGGUAGAAUUUGAUGGUUACAUGAGAGUAUCCAUUGAUACAGAAGUGUUCUUGAGAGGUAAGAAGCAACUUGAAACUUUCAAUGAUUUGACCAGUGAUUGCAAGGAUGGUAUCAAUACAUGUAAUGUUGCAGAAAACUAAAUUUCUGUGAGAUGUGAAAUUCCAAUGUUUCAUACAUUGAAACAUACUCACUUGUACUUUUAGUUGUUAUAUGUGUUGGCAUUUGAGACUUUGUAAUCUUUAGUUGUUGUGGCAGUGAGGAGUAAAAUUAUUUAGUUUGUAUUGUAAGAGUAGUGUCGCUCACCUUGGAAUUUUUGAAAGUUCUUAAUUGAAAUUUGUUUUAUGCUUAAA